AAAAUCAUGGUUAAAAUUGUUGAAGACAUUUUCGGCAUUGCCACAAAUCCGUUUACGAACAAGGCCCAAGUGAUACGCCGCUAUACGAUGUCGAAUACGAACCAUAUGUCCGUGCGUAUCAUCACGUUGGGGGCCACCAUUCAGAGUCUUCGAGUGCCCGAUGCCUACCACCAGAUGGCGGACGUGGUCCUGGGCUUCGAUGAUGUCGCCGGGUAUCUGAAGCACCAGGACUUGAAGUUUGGCUGCACUCUGGGCCGUGUGGCCGGGCUGGUCAGCAACGGAGAGUUCAUCUUGGAGGAGCACCGUGUGAUCGUUUCGAAAAAUCUCGACCAGAAGCACAACAUCGAGGGUGGGUUUAUUGGCUUCGAUAAAGUCAUCUGGGACCUGCAUAUGAUGCGUCCGGAUGGGAUCACACUGAGACAUGUCUCGAACGAUGGACACGAGGGCUUUCCCGGCCGCCUGGUCGUCAUGAUUCACUUUACCAUCGACAACGAGAGUCGUCUGUUCAUCCGGAUCGAGGCCACAUCGGACAAGUCCACUCCGGUGGACAUUUGCAAUCACACGUACUUCAAUCUGGCGGGUCACAAGGCCGGCGUUGAGGGCCUCUUCGAGCAUCGGUUCUUCAUCGAAGGCAACGAGAUAAUCGAAACGAGCACCGACGAUAAUCUCCUGCCCACGGGCGGCUACAAGUCCGUGGAUAACUCCGUCUACGAUCUACGUCUGCCCGUCUUUAUGGGGGAUCGUGUGCGGCAGUUCAAGGACAUGCCCGUGCCCGGCUACCACGUGACGUAUGCCUUGUCCAAGGGCCCCACAAAUCUGAACACACGAUACCUGGGACGCUUCCUGCACUGUCCGUCCGGACGCUUCAUGGACAUCUACAGCAACCAGCCGGCUCUGCAUUUCUCCACGGCCAACAAGUUCCCCAAGGAGUCGCAUGGCGAGGAUCCCAUAAUGGGCAAGAACUGCACACGAUACUGGCAGCACAGCGGCUACGUGCUGCAGCUGAUGGGCUUUCCCGAUGCCUGCAAUCAGACCAUGUUCCCCACAAUCAUCGUCAUGCCGGCUGAGAACUAUUUCCACGAGACCAUCUACCACUUUUGCGUGAAGGAGCCAUGGCAGUGCUGUGCCACAAAGGAGGAGAUCGAGGCCAUUGACAAGGAUUUGGUGAGGAAUUCAUAAACGCAUAAAGGACAUCCAAGGAGAUGGUGAAGGAGCAAUCCCCAAGAACCAUAUUAUUACGAUAUUUUCAAGAGCUUUUCUUAAAUUACGUGCUGGAAUGGUGUUUUACAGCCAUUAAAUGCUUCAAUUUCUGCAGAGCAAAAGGAA